GUUCUUUAAACACAUACCGUAUACGGAUUUCUUGCACAUAUUUUUUUGCAUAUUUGAAUAAAAUAAUUGUAGAUUGACUUGUCUGUUGCGAUUUACUCAGUAACAUUAUUGGACCUCAGUGGAAUAGCUAGCUCUAGGUAGAGGCUAGCUAAUAUGGUAGAGCAAAAUGCUUUAGCUUAGCAGGCUAGCAACAGACUACAUAUUGUCGCUGAAUUGCUGGUAGCUAGCUCGCUGGUAUUUAUGCAAAGUUGGCUAAAUAUUGACAUUGUCGCAUAUAUCAGUAACUUUCGCAAACAGUAAGUCAGCUAGGCUAGCCAAUUUAGCGUUACCUGCCAAUGUAGCUGGCCACGACACAUUGGAUAACUAACUUUAAUGUCAUCUAGACUAACUGCUUCUUCAAACAAUCUGAUAUUUAGCUAGCUUUGGUGUCCUACUUGGAUAUUUGGAGAUCAUCGUGUUAUUCACAGACAGGCAUACCUUACUGCAUUUUCUAUUGAAAGUGGAAUUUGAGCUGCAUAAAUGGCUGCAGUUGAUGACUUGCAGUUUCAAGAAUUUGAUGAUGCAGAAAACCUGCUAGCAGCCAACAGAGAUGCCACUACUAUCAGUAUCGGAGAUCCAAGUGGCAACCCCAAAAAACAGAGGAGAGUAGCCGGAGCCACAACGAGAGAGGACGAUGAUCUGCUGGGGAAUGAUGACUCUGACAAAACUGAGUUGCUUGCAGGUCAGAAGGAAAGUGCUCAAUUCUGGACAUUUGAAUAUUACCAAUCAUUUUUUGAUGUAGAGACUCACCAGGUACUGAAUAGAAUUAAAGGGUCGAUUCUUCCUUGGCCCGGUAAGAACUUUGUUCGCCUCUACAUCCGCAGUAACCCCGACCUUUAUGGACCCUUCUGGAUCUGUGCCACCCUUGUGUUUGCCAUUGCCAUAAGUGGAAAUCUCUCCAACUUCCUUGUGAAACUUGGCCUACCUCAGUUUCACUAUGUGCCUGAAUUUCGGAAGGUGACCAUUGCUGCCACAGCCAUCUACAGCUACGCCUGUCUCGUUCCUCUCGCGCUCUGGGGUUUCCUCAUGUGGCGGAACAGCAAAGUCAUGAACCUGGUGUCGUACUCCUUCCUGGAGAUCGUCUGCGUCUACGGUUACUCCCUCUUCAUUUACAUCCCUGCCGCGGUCCUGUGGAUUAUCCCCCUACCCACGGUGAGGUGGAUCUCCAUCGUGGUCGCCAUGUGUCUCUCCGGGUCUGUGCUGGUGAUGACGUUCUGGCCGGCUGUCCGAGAUGACCACCACCGAAUCGCCAUAGCAACCGUCUCGGCCAUCGCGGCUCUCCACGUCCUGUUUGCUGUCGGUUGCCAGGUGUGUUUCUUCAAUUCACAAAUUCCCACACCACCUCCCACGGUGGCAGAUACGAUACAACCAACCAAGACGCAGUAAAUUCAAACAGCUUGUUGAGGUUCUCCUGUUGCCUUAUUACAAAGAAUCAAGUUGCAGUGCGGCUGAAGUCACUGUGAAGUCUGGAUUUCACCACUGCAAGGUCUAGUGAACUAUGAAGAGAGCAUACACCAGGCUCUGCUCUGUCACUUCAGGAGAGGAGCACUUGCAAAAAUGUAGCUUACUCAUAUUAGCAUUGUUUUUAAUUGCCUUACGGACGUACAUUCGGGUAUAUUGUUACUAAGUAGCUUGUCUUUAACAUGGUAUCUGUAACCGUAAAUCAUGGAGCAUUGAAAUAUUUAUUUGCUCAAGGAAAUUGAUAUGUCUAUCAAAUUAUUUACUACAAGACAUCUUGGGUUUUUCCCUUUUGAAUUAUUUUAUUUUUUAAUAUUUGACUGUAGGAACUAUGGUCAGUUCCAUUUAACUACAAGGUGUGCUGGCAUUCAUUUCCUAUUCCAAUUUCCAGUACCAUUUUGAAAACAACAAUGCAAUGCUGUUAUUAUGUAGCUUAUUUGAAUGUGGUGGAACAUUGCAAGGCGGGUGCUGUUUUUCUAUUCAUCACUGUCUUUUAUUUUCCUCUGUUUUAAACCAAAACUCAGUGGUUCCUGCUGGACUAAUUUGUUCCUAUUUCCAAGUUUUCAGUAUCCACUAUGAAUUAACUGUCAGCAAAUAAACUGUCAGCAUUGAUUGAAUAAAGGACAUUUCUUCAGGA